UGUCUGCUCCACUCUGCAGCAGCUGUCACACGGAUCAAAUCACGUUUUUCUUCGCACUUGUUUACCUCCUGCUUUCUCUAAGGAACAUGUUUUGUUAAGGACACAAUUUUACCACGAUUUCACUGAAUUACAUCACUCUAAACUGUUUCUGCUGCACCAUGCUGUCCAGACUGUCCAGACUCCAGAGCUGUGCGUCCUUCAGACCCUGUGUGUCUGCGGUGAGAUGGGCCCACACCAAAGAGAAGGGCAAACCGCUCAUGCUCAACCCACGCACCAACAAAGGCAUGGCUUUCUCUCUUGAAGAGCGUCAGCUCUUGGGGAUCCACGGUCUGCUUCCCCCUAAAGUUGAGACGCAGGACACACAGGCCAUGCGCUUCCAGAAAAACCUCAAGAAAAUGACCGAUCCUUUAGAGAAAUACAUUUACCUGAUGGGGAUUCAGGAGAGAAACGAGCGUCUCUUCUACAGAGUCCUGAUGGAGGACAUCGAAGAGCUGAUGCCCAUCGUCUACACUCCCACUGUGGGUCUGGCCUGUACACAGUAUGGACACAUAUUCAGGAGACCCAAAGGUCUGUUCAUCUCCAUUAAGGACAAAGGACACAUACGCUCCAUUUUAGACAACUGGCCAGAGACGAGAGUUGCUGCGGUGGUGGUGACCGAUGGACAGCGUAUUCUGGGCCUGGGAGACUUGGGCGUUUAUGGGAUGGGGAUUCCUGUGGGUAAACUGUGUCUGUACACGGCCUGUGCAGGGAUCAGACCAGAGAAGUGUUUGCCUGUGGUCAUUGAUGUCGGCACGGACAACGAGACCCUGCUCAAAGACCCGCUGUACAUGGGCCUGUACCAGAAGCGAGAUCGGACCCAGGCCUAUGACGACCUCAUCGAUGAGUUCAUGGAGGCUGUGGUGGAAAAGUACGGACAGGACACACUCAUCCAGUUUGAGGACUUUGGGAAUCACAACGCCUUCCGUUUCCUCAGGAAAUACAGGGAAAAGUACUGCACCUUCAAUGAUGAUAUCCAAGGUACAGCAGCUGUGGCUCUAGCCGGUCUGUUAGCUGCACAGAGAGCUGUGGGCAAACCCAUCACUGAACACAGGGUGCUUUUCCUCGGAGCUGGAGAGGCGGCUCUGGGCAUUGCUAACCUGAUCGUCAUGGCGAUGAUGGAGAAUGGAAUGACUCAGGCAGAAGCACAAAAGAAGAUCUGGAUGUUUGACAAAUAUGGACUUUUAGUGAAGGAAAGAUCUGACACAGAUGCCAACCAAGAAGGAUUUGUCCACGACAGUCCUGGAAACGUACAGAGCUUCUUAGAUGCUGUGAACACUAUAAAACCCACCGCUAUCAUCGGUGUGGCAGGAGCAGGUAGACUCUUCACUCCAGAUGUGAUUAAAGCCAUGGCAGCUCUGAACGAUCGACCAAUUAUAUUUGCCCUGAGUAACCCCACCGCUAAAGCAGAAUGCACGGCUGACGACGCAUACGCUCUCACUGAUGGCAGAUGUCUGUUUGCCAGUGGAAGUCCGUUUGGUCCAGUGACUCUGAGCGAUGGAAGAGUCUUUACUCCAGGACAAGGAAAUAACGCAUACAUCUUCCCAGGUGUGGCUCUGGCUGUGAUCCUCAGUGGAGUCAGACACAUCAGUGACACAGUUUUCUUAGAAGCUGCAAAGAACCUGGCUGAACAAUUGACUGAUAAAGAACUUGCAGAAGGACGACUGUAUCCUCCACUGUCCAACAUCAGAGAAGUGUCUGUUCAAAUGGCGAUCAAGGUAAUGGAGUUCGUCUACGCAAAGGGUAUGGCGUUCCGUUACCCAGAGCCGAUUGAUAAGAACAGGUUUGUGAGGGGCACAGUCUGGAACACAGAGUAUGAUUCUUUCCUACCAGACACUUAUGACUGGCCUGGGGUCAAAUUCGCUCCAUUAAAGUGAUUUUUGCUGACCACGCCCCCAAACCUUGUGACCUGCCCCCACGCAACUAUGCCCAACCAUGUGACCUACUCUAUCCUUUGUCCUCUACAGCUCUAGAUUAAACUUUCCGUGGAGGUUGGUUAAAAUAUUAAAGAUGUUAUAUCUUUGCCUGGAAUGUUCGUCAGCACGGUGAUAAAUGUAUCUAGCAUUUCAUCAUCAUCAGACUUGUAACUUGGCCUGAUGGACUUAUUAGGUGUAGUGUGAUGCUAUGGAAGAUUUCUAGGCUAAGUCAUUACAUCUCCAUUAGGGAUGGAUAGAUUUCCAAUUUGUUCAAAAAGUAGGAAUCUGUUCUCCAUAGCAACAAGCUUGUAGAUUACCCUUCACCAGAGAAGUUACCUAGUGCACCUUUUUUAAACUGGAUGCAACUCUCUCAGCCACUGUAGUAUUGAUGUUAGACCCUGGACUAUUGAAAAUAUAGUUAAUAAAUUAUAUUAUAUAAGUUAUAACAUUCCAUUGGUCACAUACAGUCCAACUGCAUCAGAGCAAAGGGAGAGUGAAACUCGUAUAAUGAAGUUUAAAUAUGACAUUUUGAGACCUCACUUAAAGCUGCAAUAUUUAAUCUUAUGACUCCCUCAUGUGGUUGAAGGCAGGAGUGCUGUUACAAAAACAAUAAUUACUCCAAUUAAAAUGACUUGUACUGUGCUCAGGUUGUUUAAAAGAAAAAUGGAAAAGCGGAGUAAAUAUAGUGCCUAAUUUAGCUGUUGUCUGUAACACAAGAUUAGAUGAGUGUCGGCUCAGGAUAGUUUUUUAAAUGAUGAGAAACGGUUGUAUUUUUAUUAUAAGUACUUGAAUUUAUGGAAAAUGAAAUGUAUCCAAACAUAUAAGAAAUAUGUAAAGCUGCUUUGCAUAACCAGCGUUCACUCCAGCUAAUUCUAGUUAUAACAUAAAUUUACACCAUUUUCUACUUUUGUUGUAUUUUGGUGCAUUGUUUUACAUCUACUGGUAACACUCCUCAUUCUUGCUCCUUGUCUGCUAAAAAGUGGCACUCCAUUCUACAAGAGAUCUCUGUGUAAAAACUGUCGUUGAAUUGCUUGCAUAUUUAUCAUUGAUGUGUGGAUAAUUUAGCGCUUAAUGUUACUGUGCAAAUAUUUCUGUCCUGUCAAAUGUGGCGUUUACUGUUGAAUUGUAUUUUGUAUCGCUGUUGUCUGAAUUCAAGCACAUAUUUUUCUAGCCAAUGUGAGCUUUGUGUCUUAGUAAUAAUAAUAUUGCCUUACUCCAAAUGCUGCUUUGUAAUACAAUUAUAUCUGCAACC